UCCGCGGGUGUCCCGCGCUGGUGUGCGGCCAUGCGCGGGCCCCGCGCCGUGCCCCUGCUGCCCCUGCUGCCCCUGCUGCCCCUGCUGCUGGCGUCCCUGCCCGCCUUCAGCCCCCCGGGCGCGUCCCAGCGCUCCGGCGGUAGCAGGUCUGUGAGUCAAGUGUGUGUGGAAAAGUCACUAAUUUUCAGAAGUAAUACCCCUUAUUCUACAGACAUCGUUUCUAAUCCUGGUGGACAAGAUCCACUGUUCUGUGUGCAGUUGGAUGACUCACAGCUGAACUAUUUUCAACAGCCACAGGAUAUCAAAGAAUCUGAUUUUGCGGAGUUCUUAGAGAAGUAUGGCAGGCACUCUUUCUUAGCACCAUCACAAGUUCAGCCAUCGUUCUCUGCUUUUUACCGCGCUGGUGAUCCAAUCCUCAUCUACUUUGAUUCAUCAUCUGUAUUGAGCGUGCUUAGACAGCCAAUAAAAAUAGGAGCCAGUGGACUUUGUGUUGAUGGCAAUCCUGCUGGCUUCCUGGACAGUAAAAGCACAAGCUGUACUCGGAUUUUUGCCAACUUGAGCAAGAGCUGCAUGACUGACCCUGCCCUAGAUGCUGCUUCCUACUACCAUGACUUCACUGUGCUAAAGGUCCCAAUUAAUGACACCGUUAUGCCAUCCAUGAAGGUAAAUGUCACUGCAGUCUCACCACCUGGAGCUCCCCACAUGAAAGACAAUACAUGCAUCAAUGUUGUUUCUGAGGUGAUCUAUGAGAUAGAAUAUAGUGGGACAAGUGGGAUUCAGAGUGUUUCUGUCCAGUUCAAAGUCAGCAACAUCUCUGUGAACUCCAGAUCCUCUCUGCAGCAGCACUUCACCAUGCACUUCUGGACCAGGACUCUUUCUCAUAUGUUGCCUAGAAGUGGAAACCCUGGCUAUAUCACUGGAGCACCACUGUUGAUUGCAAACAGCGGUGCCAAGCAACAUAUGAGCAUAUUAAGGAGUGAAAGUGAUGGAAGUUGUUCACAAUUCCUCAGGCACACAGUACAAUUUGGAAGGAAUAUGAGAACAGGCUGCAAAAUCAGCCUAUCCCCAAUACUGGAAGACAGUAACUGUAGUUAUAUACAGCAGAAGUUAUACAAGACUUUUCAGGGGAUGAACAGAACAGAAGACUUUGCUGUAACUGGCAGUGCUCAUUCAACCCAGACAGAAGAGUGGAUGACCAUUCUGAUUGAGAACUGCAGUGUGGAGGCUGUGAAUUGCACUUCCUGUUGUAUGGUUCCUGUGGCCCUGGAGAUACAGAUACUGUGGGCUAAAGUGGGCCUCCUAUCCAACCCACAAGCUCAAGUACUGGGUACACGGCACUUUUACCAGUGUCAGCCCCUCAAGUUUCUAAACAUGAGCAUGGUACCUGUGACAACUGUUGUUACCUUCACUGACCUGACGGAUUGGCCAGAACCUCCACGAGGCCAGCCCCAAAUGCACUGGAAGCUUCCAUUUGAUAUCUUUUUUCCAUUCAAGGUAGCCCUAAAUGUAGAAAGAAUUUACAGAGGUGAUCUGGCUGGGUAUUUAUUGUUGAUUCUAAUAAUGUCUAGUAUUUUCUGCUUUUGAAAUAGAUGGAGACUGUAUUUAAAGUGUGUUGAGUGAAUUGAUAUAUUCAGGAUAUGACCCAGAUGAUGGACUUUUGUCAUCAGGAUUUUAUACCAUUUCUGUGAUAUCUGUGUGCCUUCUGUUCUUGGAUUAAGCCAUGUGGGCUGCUUGUCCUCCAUGUUCCUGUUCUUUGUACGUGAAGCAUCUGUGAACAUCAUUGCAGUGACACACUUGAGAAAUGUAGAGAUCCAGGGACAUUGCUUUAAUGAGGGACAAGGAAGAGAACGUGAAAACUAUUAUUCCGUCUUCCCAGAAGCCAAGAAUGCUCUCUAAACCAGGGAGUAUGGAGAGAGAAGCAAAGUUCAGUCAAAGGAUUUUGGACCUGCUUUCAGUUGGAGAAGCAUCUGAUUUUGGAGCUGCUUUCCUGUUGGAGAAGCAUUUGAUUUUUCUAUGUGAAACUAAUUGAACAUUUAAAAUACAGGAGCUCUCCCAGGUGGCCUGAAUUCUUAUUUUAUAAGUAAACUUGUGUGCCAGUCACCCCUAACCUGUCCUUGUUAGAUGAUGAUAACCGCACUUCUGUGACAUUUUUUGAAUCUUGCAUUUUUGUGUCUUUUCAAAUACAGAUAUUCAGUUUU